UACAGCACCGUAUAGCAGCGCUGCUCCUACAUUUUGCUGCCUUACUCUUCCCUGAAUGCACGGGACUGGGGAUGGUCUAUCAUUAACUGUAAACUGAUUCUCAUCAGGAAACUGCACAUUAUUCCACCAUCCCUUCAAAGGUCUCAUCAGGCAGAGGUGACGCCAGGAGAUGAUUUAAAGGUGAAAAUGACAAGGUUUCCACCCCUCAAACCUUGGCUCCUUUUCUGACAAUACAGUCUGAAUGCGCCCGAUGUCUUCUUUACUGUGGAAAUAGCAUCGGAAGAAAAAACAUAUUUUUUAAUCCUGAUAAAGAAGAUUAUUGGGAAGCUCUUUUUUUUUUUUUUCUUAAAAUCUCCAAUUGUGCACAGAUGGAUUUUAGAAAGUGUUAGAGCUUUCCAAUGAACACUAAUAGAGUACUCUGCUCUUGGCUGGAUUUUUCAGAGAAUGGCAAUGGUCUCUGCGAUGUCCUGGGUCCUGUAUUUGUGGAUAAGUGCUUGUGCGGUGCUCCUGUGCCAUGGAACCCUUCAGCACACCUUCCAGCAGCACCACCUGCACAGACCAGAAGGAGGGACAUGUGAAGUGAUAGCUGCACACAGAUGUUGUAAUAAGAAUCGCAUCGAGGAGCGGUCACAAACAGUAAAGUGUUCCUGUCUGCCUGGAAAAGUGGCUGGAACGACAAGAAACAGACCUUCCUGCGUCGAUGCCUCCAUAGUGAUUGGGAAAUGGUGGUGUGAGAUGGAGCCUUGUCUAGAAGGAGAAGAAUGUAAAACACUACCUGAUAAUUCCGGUUGGAUGUGCGCUACAGGCAAUAAAAUUAAGACGACAAGAAUUCACCCAAGAACCUAAUGGAAGCAUUUGUUAUAGUAGCAAAGGAAAACCACCUCUGCAGAAAAUACAUUUUAAGAAUUUAAAACAUCUUACACAUUACAAGCCAAAUGGAUUUCUUAUUUGCACUUUGACUGGUUACCAGAAAAUCACAGUGCUUUUACUGUGUGUCAUGAAGUAUCCUAUCGUGAGAAGACCCCACGUUUUUGGCAACACCAUGGAAUGCGGGUUUUAAAAAAAAAGGGUUUUCUCCAUGAAAAUUUUUGGGAUUACGAAGAACGAUCAACUAUCUUCUAAUUUGGAUCUAUAGUUCCUUUGUACCAUUUUAAAUAUAUGUAUAUAUAUAAUAUUUUGAAAUAUUAUAUAUUCUCUUCAAGAAAUGAACAAUACCACAGUUUGAGGCGGCUGGUGUACCUCUUUGAGUUUGGAUGUUUUGUUUUGUUGCAUUUCUUUUUCUAUUGGCAAGGAAGACAUGAGCUCUUUUGAAAUUUCACCAUGGCACUCACACUGGAAGGCCAGCUACAGGUGGACUCCUGGAAUCUGAGGCAUCAUAACAAUACUGAAUCAAGAGCUUCCUUCUGUUUCUACCAGAGGGCCCAAGGAAGCACAUCGUCCUGUUUUAUUGCUUUCUACCCUGUGCAAUAUUAGCAUGCAAGCUUGGCUUACAUAACCAUACUUUAUAUUCAAUUGAUAUAUAAUAACCAUUCUAACCUCUUCCGGGAAAGUAUUUUUAGAACUACUAGCUUUCCCACAGAUAAGAAAAAUAAGAAUUCUUGAAGGAGCUACUCCACCAUGCUAUUAAGACUCUGGCAAAACUAUGGUAGAAUAUGGAUCCCUGUAUUAAUAAGUUCUGUAAAUACAAUGUCUUAAGGCUUUGUAUAGCUGUCCUAGACUGCAGAAAUGUCCUCCGAUUAAAUCCAAAGUCUGGCAUCAUUAAGUACAUCGUGCUGUAGCAACAAGUCUUAUCAUGGCACCUCUUUCUAUGUUUGAUUUGCUUUUUUCAAGAGUAUUCAAAUCUCUUCUGGUGAGAUAGGAAGACCAUUAAAGCAAUUAGGUUUCAAAAUGAUCUAUGUGACCAAAUGCUGGACAGCCCUAUUAAAGUGGUAAAUAACUUCUUUCUAAACUUA